UUCCGGGGGGACGACGGCGGCCGACAAGGCCCGCCCGCUCAACAUGGCGGCGGCGGAGGCGGCAGCGCUGUUCGAGGCGCACACAGCGGUCGAGCUGCGGGCCGUGGAGCGGCGGCUGCGCGCGGGCAUCGAGCAGAAGCGCGAGGAGCUGCGGCAGAUGGUGGGCGAGCGCUACCGCGACCUCAUCGAGGCGGCCGACACCAUCGCCGACAUGCGCCUCAGCGCCGACCGCCUCCUAAGCGCCGUCACAGGGCUGCAGCGCGGCAAACCCGCCGGCCCCGCCCGCCCCUGCCCGGUGGCGCCAGCCUCGCAGGAGACGUUCUACAUGCUGGCGGCGCAGAUCAAGCUGCUGCUGGAGGUGCCCGAGCGCAUCUGGAGCGCCAUGGAGGCCUCCCACUACCUGCAGGCCACGCGGCUCUACCUGCUGUGCUGCCACCUGCACGGGCUGCUGCGGCUCGACGCCUCCGGCUCCCGCUACAGCCCCGUCCUCGCGCGCUUCCCCAUCCUCGUGCGGCAGGUGGCGGCCGCCACCCACUUCAGAUCGACCGUCCUGCACGAAAGCAAGACGCUGCUGAGAAGCCACGCCGUGUCAGACCAGGCGGUCGCCGAGGCCUUGUGCUCCGUCAUGCUGUUGGAGGACAGCUCUCCGCGCCAGGCCCUGGCAGAUUUCCUGCUGGCCAGGAAGUCGGCUGUUCAGCAGCUUCUGAACCAGCCCCAUCACGGGGCUGGUAUAAAAGCUCAGGUGUGUUCGCUGGUGGAGCUGCUGGCCACGACCCUGUAUCAAGCUCACGCCCUCUUUUACACGCUGCCUGAGGGGGCACCCCCCGAUCCGUCCCUGACCUGUGGCUUACUCUUCUCGACGCUGGAGACCAUCACGGGCCAGCACCCGGCAGGAAAAGGCAAAGUUUUGAAUGAGGAGAUGAAGCUGGGCAGCUGGUUCAAGCACCUGCCAAGGUCCAUAGUGGAGUUCCAGCCAGCCCUGCGGACCCUGGCGCACCCCAUCAGCCAGGACUACCUGAGAGACACGCUUCAGAAGUGGAUCAACAUGUGUAAUGAAGAUAUCAAGUCCGGGGUCUCCAACCUGCUGGUCUAUGUGAAAACCCUGAAAGGCCUGGCCGGCAUCCGUGAUGCCGUGUGGGAGCUGCUGACCAGCGAGUCCCUGAGCCAGAACUGGGAGGCAGUGUGCCGCCGGCUGCUGGAUAAGCCUGUCUCCUUCUGGGAGGGCCUGCUGCAGCAGCUCUUCUUGGACCGACUGCAGACCCUGAUGAAGGAAGGAUUCGACUCGAUCUCAAGCAGCUCGAAGCAGCUCCUCAUCCUGGCCCUGCAGGAGCUGGAGGUCAAGUCCAGCUCCUCCACCCCCAGCAAGCACGUGCAGUUCGAACACAACAUGGCCCUGUUCCUGUGGUCUGAGAGUCCCAGUGACUUGCCCCCAGAUGCUGCGUGGGUCAACGUGGCGAACCGCAGCCCAUUCGCCAAGAGCGGCUUGUCCAUGAAGGCCCAGGCCCUUACCCCUUGCGUGCAGAGCUUCUGCUCCGCUUUGGACACCAAAUUGAAGGCAAAGUUGGAUGACCUCCAGUUCUACCUCCCCACAGACACCUCCACUUCCAAGGAGGCACUGAGCUUGCAGGCCAGAACCUCGGCCUUCGACCGCUAUGCCGAUGCAGGCACCGUAGAGGAGCUGCUCCGCGAUCACUGCGUUGCCUGCAUCCACCACAUGCUGGGCUGUGUCCGGGAAGAGCUGCAGGGUGCCGCUGACCAGCUGGACGGCUGUGCUGACCCCCUGGGCGAGGCCAAGCUCGACGCCGUUCUCUUCAUGGCAAGGCUUUGCCAGUCGCUGGGUGAGCUAUGCCCUCACCUGAAGCAGUGUAUUCUAGGGAGAGCAGGGAACCCUGAGAUUGCAGCCCGGGGCUCCCGUGACACAAAGAAGCUGGGGAAAGGGAAAGCCCAGGAGAUGGAUCCCAGGCAGGCCACAUGGCAGGAAGUGCGGGAGCAGCUGCUUCAACAGAGCCUGUCAGCAUAUCAGAUCUGGAGCUCAGCAGUUACCAAGGUCCUGGUUCAGCGUUUUGUCCAGACAUUGUUGUUGGAUACGCCCGGCUCCAUCUUAGCAAUGGCCACCAGCUGGGAUGAAAUUGAAAUCCAAGAGGAGACGGAGUCUGGGAGCAGCGUGACGUCGAAGAUCCGGCUCCCCGUGCAGACCUCCUGGUACGUUCAGUGCCUCCUCUUCAGCCUGUGCCAGGAGGUCAAUCGGGUGGGAGGUCACACCCUCCCGAAGGUCACGCUGCAGGAGCUGCUGAAGACCUGCCUGGCAGAAGUACUGGCUGGCUACGAAAAGCUUUGUGAAGAGAAACAGGAGAAGAGAGAAGGUGCGUUUCCACUGACCCAGAACAGGGCUCUGCAGCUGCUCUACGAUCUCCGUUACCUAAAUAUUGUCCUAACUGCUAAGAGCGAGGAGGUGAAAACCAGCAGGGUCAGGCAAGAUUCCAGGGUUGAGAAGGUGACCGACUUCCUGGAAGGCCACAUAGAUCCCUUUGACUUGGACGUGUUCACCCCGCACUUAAACAGCAACCUUAACCGCCUGGUGCAACGAACUUCUGUUCUGUUUGGCUUAUUAACCGGAGCAGAGAAUCAGUACACGAGUAGAAGCAGCACUCUGAGCUCUCAAGAGCCUCACAAUAUCUUGCCGCUGGCAUCGAGCCAGAUCAGAUUUGGACUCCUGCCUCUGAGCAUGUCAAGCUCCCGAAGAGCUAAAUCAGCUGCAAGAAACACAGAGAACAAGCCUCAGGGUCCACCUGCUGCCGUUCUGAGAGCAGAAGAGGAGGCUUUCCGCCCAGGCUCCUUGUUCAAGCAGCUCGCCACAGAGGAGGAAGAUGCCGCCACCCCCUCUCUCUUCAAGCUUGGCUGGCUAUCAAGCAUGACCAAGUGAUCCAAUAAAAUGCUUCCACCCUC